AUGAGAAAAUAUCAAUUAAUUGGACGGAAAGGUGGAAGGCUGUUUACGAAGAAGAAACAGAUUCAAUAUGACCUUUUACAUUUACACUCACUACCUUUAGAAAUACUACUAAGGAUCUUUAAUAAUUUACAAGAAGAUUUCAAUUCAUUAUUAUCAUUAGCAUUAACAUGUCAUAAAUUCUACAUCCUAAUAUGUAAAAAUUUACUUUAUAAGUCGAUUGAAUUUAAGACUCCAGGGAAGUUUCUCAAGUUUUCAAAUCAACAUUUGAAUCAAGAGGUCAGUAAUAAGAUUAACUAUAUUGAAACGAUAAAUUUCAUAAAUCCACAAAUUCCAAAAUCAUCAAAACAUAAGAUUACAAUUGCAGGUAGUUAUGCAGUCGAGUCAAACGAUCAAACUGUAAACACUCUAAGCUAUUCAGGUUUCAUUUCGUCAUUAAAGUCAUUGUUUACGCAAGCUUAUGGACUACGAUGUCUUGAAUUCAGUGAAAUUGCUCCAGAAUUUGCUUUCCCCAUUGAUUCAAAAAGUAGUGGUAGUAUAUGGCGAAGAAAAGUAUUUUCAGCCAAAAGGACGUUACCAAAACUAGUGCUUAAAUCUCAAUCUGGUUGGUCGAUUCCAUUAAGAAAUAUACAUCUAUCAUUAAUAUGUGAAUAUUUCGACGAAAUAAAAGAAUUGCAUUUGGUAAACUUUAUCAUUGAUCAACCUAUCGACCUAAAUAUCAAAAUUGAUUAUGUCCUUUUUGAAUCAUGUUCAUAUUCAACAAAAAAGUCUAAGGUACCAUGUACUAUAUUUAAGGACACCACCAGUCUCAAAUUGAAAAACGUAACCAAUGUUGCUCAAUUGUCGUUAAUAGAUUUGGUGAAAAUGAAUAAUAAGUUGAACAAGUUAACCUUAAACUUAAAAUCACCUGUAUUUUACACCAAUGGAGAAUUCAAUUUCACAAAAUAUAAUCCAUUUUUCAAAUUGUUGGGAUCUCAAGAAGGAGGUUAUUCAACAAUUACUACGCUAGUACUAAAAGAGUUUGAUUUGUUUGAUUAUCUUCAACAUGACGAUGUUCAUAGUCAAGAUGUCGAUUCAUGGGUGGAACCACCAACUAAUAAUUUUGAAACUUUCAUAACAUAUAUUUCCCAUAUUCCAAAUUUAACUUUAAUUUUAAAGAAGACUCCAAUUAAAGUUAAAACUUGUGUAAAGUGUGGUUUUAAAGAACAGGAUUUAGAUAAGAAGAUAGAAAGUCUAACGAAUGAAGAGUGGGAAAUAUUUUUGAAACCUUUAGAGUUUCAAAAAGACAACAACUUGAAAAUUUUGAAUCAUGAUUUGAACUGUUUAUAUUCUGUUUCAAAAAGUACAUAG